UUUUCUGGCCAACAUCUUCAGUCUUCAAAUUUCAUCACGCUGGCAGCUCACUUCGAGUUUGAUCCAGGCAGUGAACCACAGAAUGAUGUUUCAGCAAAAGAACUGCUGCAUCUCAUCUAUGCCACUGAGGACAAGAUAUUUCAACAUAACGUUUGGGCUAUGGCUUUUGAUCUUCAUGGGAAUAUUGUACUCCCUGACCAAAGACUCAGUCUGUGCUCUAGAAAUAACCUCACACAUAAAAAACUAUUAUGUGGCAAGAGAUUCCAGUGUUACCCUUAAUUGUGAGUUUGUCCUUGAAUCUGAAAACUUGGGAUAUACGGAAAUAGAGUGGAACAUUGUGCCUUCAGAUAGACAGCAGGAUGACGAGAUCAUUAUCUGGUAUACUGGAGGUGUGUUAUACAGUAAUCUAUAUGAGCCGUUAAAGAAUAGGGUCCACUUUGCCUCUCCUGAUCCCCAAGAUGGUGAUGCAUCAUUAAGAAUCCUUGACCUGAAGCUGACAGAUAUGGGAACUUACCAAUGCAAGGUGAAAAGGUUACCUGAGUUUGGUAUGAAAAAUUUUAACCUGUUCGUAAUGGAGAGGCCAAGUACACCAGUAUGCUACAUAGAUGGUGAAGCAGAGGAAGGAAACAACCUCAGGAUGAAAUGUAGAUCCUCACAAGGUACUCCCCCUCUGGAUUACAACUGGUCUAAGGCAAACGGAAACAAGAUGUUGCCUCAAAGUGCCUUUGUUGACACUAAAGCUGGUGACUUGUAUUUACGCAAGAUCACAGAGAGUGACACUGGAACUUACAGGUGUGUGGUCGUAAGCCUUGUUGGUAUGGAAGUGUGUGAGGUUACACUCAGCUCCCCCUUAAAUCGUACAUCACCACAGACCAUUAACAAUGAAGUGUGUGAGGUUACACUCAGCUCCCCCUUAAAUCGUACAUCACCACAGACCAUUAACAAUGGAUCUGGAACAACAGCGGCAAUUGUUAUCAGUAUAAUUGUGAUGAUCAUCCUUAUCAUCACUGUCAUUCGAGUCAUUAUCUGCUACCGCAGAAAAAGAAUGGAAAAGUGUUUGGCAAUGAAAUAUUGA